AUGGAUUAUCAGCAGCAGCAGCAGCAGCAGCAGCAGCAACAACAACAGCCACAGCAACAACAUCAAUUGCAGCAGCAGCAGCAGGAACCCAAGCAAAAACCGGUGAAGCUUGAAAAGCAACGCAGAGCAUACCAAGCAUGCAAGAACUGCCGCUUGAGAAAGGCAAAAUGCAUCUUCCCAAACAACAUCAUCAAACCACCUUGCAUGAGGUGCGAACGCGAAGGCAAAGACUGCACGUUCCUACCCUCGCGCCGUGGUGGGCGCACAAACGUCGAGCUGGGUCGCGCCCGACACAAGAAAAAAGAUCCCGUCAAUGCUGAAACCCUGGCGUUUGCUUUUCUUCGCAAUCCCGCUGACGCCCUCGACAUUCUUGCUCGAACAUCAUCAUAUGCCGUCCCCGACGACGAUCCUCAAACCCCUGCCGCGAACACAGUCGCUUCUACUGCAGAAGCUGAUGGUAGCGCAACCAACGUCUCCGCCAUCAAAAAGUCUUCCUCCAUUUCCGCCACCGCUGCGACCGAUAAUACGGUCGACAAUCACGAAAUCAAUCAUGACAAUGACAACAACAGCAGUCAAGCCGACAACUCCUCUCUGAACAAAGCAAGCUCUAGCAUCAACAACAAUAACAGCAACAACAACAAUAGAAACGGCAAUAGCAGUAUCGGCGGCAACAUAAACGCGAACCAAUCCAGUCUCAAUUCCUCGCUGUCUGGUCGAAACAACAACGACAACAAUACUCGCGACUCCGGCAUCACUUUCCAGUCGCCUGCAGAGCCAAAGCGGCAUCAGGAACGAAUACUUGAUUUCCAACUCAUCAAGCGCGGCUACAUCAAUCCCACCCAGCUACGCACCUUUGUCUCCAUAUUCUUCAGUCGGCACCAUCACUAUCUACCUCUUGUACCUGCAACCAAAGCUCCUCUGACUGAUGAGCUUCUGAGCGAAUUCGUUGCCAAUGAGCCAUUUCUGCUGACUGCCAUGGUCAUCAUUGCUUCCCGUUACGAAAAUCACAUCGUACACGACCUGUGCUGGGGAUACAUGCAGCAUCUGAUAUCCGAGCUCAUGUUUGGAGUUGAGCCCACCGUCGGCGCGGUAGAGUCUCUGCUCUUGCUAUCUGAGAACAUUCCAAGGCUGGCCAAUGUCGAGACACACAAACUGAGCUACUAUGAGGAGCGGAUGACAUGGAAUCUGAUUGGACUCGCAAUCCGACUGAGUUACUAUCUGGGUUUUGAUCAAAAGACUCUGAUUGGACUGCAUGACCAUAUGGACAAUGAAACUCAUCGCGAGAGACUGGCGUGGACUUAUUGCUACUUCCACGAUCGACAGGCAUCAAUCCGACUUGGCAAAGCGUUUUGGUCUCGAGGACCAGGACUGUGCUUCCAGAACCCGGAUGCUGGUGCGUCGAUCAUCAGCGACUCUUCCCUCAACUUUCCGACUCUUGCACUGUCAAACGGUAAUCGGGAAGAUUAUUCGUCACAUGUCCAGGCUCAUUUGGAAUUGACCCAGAUCCUGACAAACAUUCACGACACUCUGUAUCCAUCGCGUGACCGCACUAUUGCGCUUGUGCUUGUGGGAGAAUACUACCGCAUCCUGGACGAGUACACGCGCUCGUUCGCUGCGUUCAGACUGGCAUGGCAAGCCAAGAGCUGGGAGACAUUUCCAUUAAACGAGACGGUGUGGAUAACAUAUCACUACGCAAAGCUGUACGCGUAUGGAUUUGCCUUUCAGUCGCAUCUACGGCGCAAGACAAAUAAGUACAAGAGUGCGCUCAACGUCCCUGCUUCGGAGCGGCCAUCACUUGCUAAUAUUGUCUUUCCGCGUGGGCUGAUUGGAAGCCCGGAUGCCAAAUUCAUUAUUGAGAGCAAGAAGGCUGCUAUGGAUCUUUUGAUUCUGUCGAUUGAUAAAUUGCACGCUGGAGGAGCCCUUGCAUACCUUCCAUGGCGAUACUACGGGUACAUCUCAUAUGCGGUUGUGUUUUUGAUCAAGAUUAUAUUCACCGGUGCUGUUGUGCCUAAAGAGCAGCAGGUCAUACUGGAGCUCGUUAAGCGCACUAUUGGCGCGUUUGUCGAUCUGGCGGGAUCUGUGGACCGCGCGCACCCUUUAGUUCGAAGGAUAGGGCAGCUGCGGAUGCUUGUGAAGACACUCUGGACGGCUGAGAAUAUGACGCCUGUGCCGUCUGCCACUGCGCCAGCUACUGCGGCCAGUACGAACGCGAGCAAU